UGGUGAGUGAGUGUUGUUCUGUGGCUUGUUAUUGGCGGGCGCCGAGGUUUUGGUUUCUGUUGCUGCCUGGGCUGGCGCGAGGAGGAGGAGGAGGCUCCACUAGCGCCUGGAGCUCGCGCUGACCCUUUGCAGAUUGUCUCAUCAUAGGGUUUUCAUUGUAAAGACAUUGAAAUGAGGCUUACUGCGACUCCUCCUGCAGAGUAUUAACAAGCGUUAGCAGCGCUACCGUUGCCUCUGAGAGAUUCUCCACCGGUGUCACAACUGCUGCUGCCCAGUAGCUGUUUGGCAUGUUUUGGUCCUUCAACAAAAGCCUUGAUGCUUAUUUUUUGAUCUGAUUCAUUAGUAGUUAUGGCAAAAAGGAAAGAAGGAAGCUUUUCAACACCAGCAUCCAGCAAAAGAUCAAGACAAGAAUUUGGAGAGGAUUCUGACGAUGAUCCUAAUGAAGAAGAAUUGUCACAGCUUCAGAGCGAUACCAGUAUUAACUCACAGAUGGCCUCAGGAGACGUUGGAAUAAUUGAAAGUAUCAAACUAAGGAACUUCAUGUGCCAUUCCAUGCUGGGCCCCUUUGAGUUUGGAUCCAAUGUCAAUUUUUUGGUUGGAAACAAUGGAAGUGGGAAAAGCGCUGUGCUCACUGCCCUUAUUGUUGGCCUUGGAGGAAAAGCCAUAAUGACUAAUCGAGGCUCAUCCUUGAAAUGUUUUGUGAAAGAUGGUCAGAGUUCUGCAGAUAUUACAAUCACUCUCCAAAACAGAGGUGAAGAUGCAUUUAAACCAGAACAUUAUGGCAGUUCUAUCAUUGUAAAUCAGCACAUAUCCUCGGAAGGACAUCGGAGUUACAAACUGAAAAGCAGUACAGGUGUCAUGGUUUCUACAAAGAAGGAGGAACUUACUGCAAUCCUGGAUCAUUUCAACAUCCAGGUAGAUAAUCCCGUGUCUGUCCUUACCCAGGAAAUGAGCAAACAAUUCUUGCAGUCUAAAAAUGAAAUUGAUAAAUACAAGUUCUUUAUGAAAGCAACACAGCUGGAACAGAUGAAAGAAGCUUAUUCAUACAUAGUGACAACCAAAUCUAGAACAAGUGAUCAGGUUGAACAAGGAGGGGAGUUUCUUGAAGAACUUAGGAAGAAGUUUUUGGAGAAAGAGGAACGCUAUAGAAGUAUUGCUGCUUUGAGUGAAAUGCAAAAUGAGUUAACGGAGUUACAGAACCAAACGGCUUGGAUAAUGGUAAGAGAUACUGAAGAUGACAUGAAAAAAAUCAGAGAUGAUAUUGAUGGUCAGGAAGCAAGGACUGAGAAGUUUGUUGAGAAAGUGAAAGAAUGGAAGGAUCGUGUAAAUGUAGCAGAAGAAAAACAGAAAACUAUACAAGACAAGCUAGAAAAGAUAACUGAAGAAGCUCAAACUCUGCAACCUAUAUGUACUGCUUUAAAAACAGAUGUGACAGCGAAAAGAAAAGCAUACUAUGAUGCAGAGGCAGCACAUAAUCGAUCUCAAGCUGAACUGAAACGAUUGGUAAAAGACCAUGAACAGCUUGGCCAAAAAAUUGAGGAACUGAAAAAUAGUGCGGAGCAGAUUUCAGAACCUGAAAGGCUGGAAAAACAGAAAAGAAUCGACAACUUGAAAGAACAGCUAAAGACACUUCAUGGUCAAGAUGAAUCAAUUGCUCACCAGAUAAAACAGUUUCAGCAUGCUAUAUGUACAUACAGGGAAGAUUCUGAUAGGCUUAAGAAGGAACAACAUGAACUGAAACGAAGCAUGGAUUUUCAAGUACAACAGCUGAAAGAGUUAAAGGAGAGUAAAACAAACAGACUAAAAAGAUUUGGACACUAUAUGCCAGCUCUUUGUGAAGAAAUUGAACGGGCUCAUCAGCAGGGGCAAUUUACAUCCAAACCAGUAGGACCUUUAGGUGCUUUUAUUCAUUUGAAAGAUGCUGACCUUGCUCUGGCUGUUGAGUCCUGUUUAAAAAGUCUGUCUCUGGCAUUUUGCUGUGAUAAUCAUAAAGAUGAAAGAGUGUUACAGGCAUUGAUGUCCAAGUUCUGCCAGCCUGGUUCUCGUCCUCAAAUUAUUGUUAGUAGAUUUCGGACUAAUGUUUAUGACACAAGGUCAAGGGCUGUUGUUCAUCCUAACUUCCCAUCAGUCCUGACAGCAUUAGACUUCGAUAAUGCAAUAGUAGCCAAUUGUUUGAUUGACAUGAGGGGUAUAGAAACAGUCCUGCUGAUAAAAAAUAAUGCUGAAGCCCGUAGAGUUAUGCAACAAAACAAGCCUCCCAAAAAUUGUAGAGAAGCUUUUACCGGUGAAGGUGAUCAGGUGUUUGAAAGGCGGUACUAUUCAUCUGAAUAUACUCGGCCCAGAUUUCUCAGCCGAGAUGUGGAAGGAGACAUAAGGCACUUGGAGGAAGAACUUGAAAAGAAACGAAUUUAUAUGUCAACAUUAGAACAACAAGUACAUCAUAUUGAGAAAGAUGUGAAAGAGAACAAUCGUCUCCUUACAAAUCAUUAUCAUCAUCAAAAAGACAUACAGGUAAAUAUAAGAAAAAUAAAUUUAGAAAUUAAGGAUCUUGAGAAUGUUGAAGAACAUCAGUCAGUGGUCAUCUCUACCUUGGAGGAAGAAAUAAAAAGUAACAGGCUGAGGAUGGAAGCUGUUAAGGAGACUACAAAUGCCCAGAAGAAGAAAAUGGAGGAACUGAGAUUUGUUCAGCAAGAGGCAGAACAGAAAUUGGUAGCAAUUAAAGAAAAAAUCCUUCAAAUGCAAGAAGAAGCAGUUCCAUUCAAGGAAAGAUCAAAUGAAGCUGAUUGUGAACUGCAACAAUGUAAAAAUAAUUUGAGACAUUAUGAAGACAAAGAGAAAGCACACGUGGAGUCAAUAAAUAAGCGUAAAAAAGAUCUAGCUGCCAAAGAGAAAGAAUUAGAGGAAUUGAUUGCAAAGGCAUCAAAAAUCCAUCCAGAACGAAUAGAAGUAAAUAGAACCUAUAAAAGUCUUGUUACAGAAAUGAAUCGCUUGAAAGAAAAAAUAAAUUCAGAAAGACAGCGUACUGGAGAUAGAGAAGAAAUAAUAAGGCAACUUCAAGAAGCAAAAGAAAAAUAUCAGACUGCAGAAAGGAAAGUCAAAGGUCUGAAGAAAUUCAUUAGAUUAGUGGACGAGGUGAUGGUUGAGAGAUUCAAAGCUUAUGAGAAUUUUAGAAGAUUCCUUACAGUGCGAUGCAAGUGCUACUUUCACUCCCUGCUAAGUCAAAGAUCAUUUUCUGGAAAAAUGAAAUUUGACCACAAGAAUGAAAAACUCUCAAUUACUGUCCAGCCUGGGGAAGCAAACAAGGCUGCUCUAGAUGAUAUGAAAUCUUUAUCUGGAGGUGAACGUUCCUUCUCUACAGUUUGCUUCAUCCUUUCACUCUGGUCCAUUGCAGAAUCUCCUUUCAGAUGCUUGGAUGAAUUUGACGUAUAUAUGGACAUGGUUAACAGGAGAAUUUCAAUGGACAUGCUGCUUCAGAUGGCAAAUUCUCAGAGUCACCGGCAAUUUAUUUUUAUUACCCCACAGAACAUGAGUUCAUUGCCAUCCAGCAAGCUUGUUCGAAUCCUCCGGAUGUCAGAUCCAGAGAGGGGGCAAACCACUCUGAAUUUCCAUCAUAAAGGUGAUGAAGGAGAAGAUGAAGAGUGAGUGCCUUAGCAAUGCACAGCACCUGAUCAGUUUGUUCAUAUUGUUAUGUAUCUGUUUAAUAUGUACAGUAGUUCCAACAUAUUCUUAUGUCCUGUUGGAGUUAAUGAAAUCUAAGUCUUUGUAAUUCUCCUCAUGUACUUGUGCCUUUCUUUCCUAUUGCAGUUCCCAAGAUUUAAACACAGAUAAAAUUGCAUUUUAUUGCUGGAAGUGUCCAAAACUAUUUUGGUGAACUGCAGCAGUAAACAUAUUGUGUUGCACUAGCAGCUCCUCUUAACUGAAGCUGCUGUUUUGCUCUUGCAAAGAAUGGAAUAGAAAUAUAUUUUGAAGAGUUAUAAAAAAUUUUUCUUAUUUUUUUAUUCUUUAAGUAUGACAAAGUAAGGUAACAAAAUAAAGCUUAGAUAAUAUUUUGGAACUUUUUGAUACAAUAAAACAGUUUCAGCAAAAACAAAA